AUGAACAUCAAUUUGAAAAGAAAAGCACCAGGUAAUAAGCCGGUCAUAAAGAAAGCACGAGCCAAUGGAUUUGGGUUUAAUAAUGGCGAAGAUGAAAGCAGUAGUGAAUCAGAAACGGAAGAAAUGAACUUUGAAAAAUCUAUUCAAGCCAAAUCACAGAAGAUAGCGAAGCAAUUAGCAGGUGACAAUAAGACAGACAUGGUUGAAAUAAUAUCCCAGAUAGAGGAGCCAGAUUCUAAAAAUGUGCCGAGAAAAAAAGUUGAAGGACUGAAAUAUAUCAAUAAGUUGUUAGAUUCGAAAAAGCAACGAGAAAAAGAUCGCAUACUAUCAAGACAAGAGUACAACAGCAAGCAAAUAGAAGAAAAUAAAGAUGCUGUGGUGUUUGAAAGUGAGGAUUACAAGAAACAAAAGGAGGAAUUUUUGAGAAUGAAGGAGGAAGAGCGUGUUGAAGAUGAGGAACCCAAUAAUGCACAAUUUUAUUCGAAACUUUUGCAAUCUAGAGAGAGACGAGGUGAUCCAAAUGACACUCCUCGAAGUAUUAUAGCAAACAAGGAAGAUAGUCAAGAAGAUACGAAUAUAGUGCAUGAGGAGACGAAUAUAUUUUCAGGAAAAAAUAAAUUCAAUGAACCUAUGAGAGCUACACGAAAAUUUAAUACGAAUAUAAUGAAUUAUAAAACAAACAAAAAGGAAGGAAAUCAGUUGCUAGACAAGUUGAAAAAUCUAAUCAAGAGUAAGAUUACCCCAGAUGAUAUUCGAGAUUAUAAGAAGCGAUAUUGGAAUAGAUAUGAUAGUUAA